AUGCCGAGUGCAAGUCUUAGGUUUGUUGAUAUAAGCGGUCUGAACUCUCUCAACUUUUGCCUAUUUCCGGGGUAAUAAUCGGAAUAUUUCCUUUUCUAGCCGCUCGUGAUCUACCUCAAUAACAGAAUAUUUCCCGUUCCAGUCAGUAAAAGUUCAGGUCCAUUCAGAACACAAUGGAAGCUAAACUUUAACCUCUGAGAGAUUCCAUCACCAUGGUAACAUUCCCAUAAUGCUGUUCACAUUUCCAUUUGAAAAUUUUGUUAAACACGGGUCCACUAAGAACUAAGAUCCAAACGUCCCUGUGUCAUCAUCAACAGAAAAGGAAAGAAUCUACACACAGAGUAGCUGUUGACAUAUCGGCCCUAGUCUUUAGACUCCUAGUGGUGCAUUAUGGGGGAUGGACUGUUUUCUUUGAUGACUUGCUGUAUAGCAGAGCAACCUCAACCCACGAAGAGGCGGCGAAGGAUUGAUGCCACGAUGAUAGGAAAUCCAACAGACUUCAGGCACACAGGGCACAUAGGGUCAGGGGAGGUGGCCACCAAACAGAAUGUCUGUCUCGCUUCCAUGCAAAACCAGAUGAGUUCCAAGGGUGGAUACGAUCACGUAUCGCCUGUUACAGGACAUCUAAAUGUUAUAGACCUCCCCGCCAGGAGAAACACAUAGAUGUUCAUCAGUCAGGCUUCUCAUUAUCCUGUAUAUAAAACAUUCAUCUGUGAUCUCAUC